AUGGGGCGGUUUCCGGCAGAGGUCUGUGACUCCGUUAUUGAUUAUUCUUCGUGGGACCCGACCUCCGACAAACCUGACUACGGGGCUCUGAGGUCUUGUGCUCUCACAUGUAAAGGCUGGCUUCCUAGAAGUCGUGCGCACAUCUUCCACACAGUCGAGCUAAACACCCAAGAGAAGCUGGGGUGUUUUACGCGCUCGAUCGAGACGUCGCCUGCCCUUGGUGAUCUGGUUCUGAAGUUAACCAUAACUCAUCCCGACGACGACCAACCGUUCCAUCUAAUGGUCGCCUUCCCCACCAAGCUUGCGGCGCGGCUUCCAAAAGUGAAAUCGCUUGCCAUCGAGUCGCCCCAUGCGGAGCCAUCCGUAAUCCGUCUCUCUCCAGAAUUCUUUCAGUCCAUGUCCAAAUUCAGCACCCUGACCCUUCUGCGACUGUUUCACGUCGAAUUCCAUAGCUUCGAUGACUUUGGCAGCCUGGUAUGCAGCUUGCCCAACGUUAUAGCCAUUGAGUGCUGGAAUGUAGCCUGGUCAGAAUGCGACGCCAAUCCAUUUUCGGAGACGGCAUGCCCGAAAAUAACUAGUCUGAAAGUUGACGACAUAGAGCCCACCGGGUUAACUCAGCUGCUGCGUGCAGUCGGAUCCUCCAUCCGGCAUCUGACGUUUGCAGCGGAUAACGAAUGGCUGGAGUCAUUUAUAUCAGACGAGGGCAUGUCCAUGGCAUACUUGACAAGGCUUAAGUCGCUCGAAAUUCCAAUACGCCUUGAUCGCGCCGAUUUCCGCAUGAUGAAGGCGCUGCUCACCCAAUUUACAUGUGAUCAACUUCUUGGCAAGUUGACCUUCUCUUUCCACUACGGCUGUACCGAUACACCACUGGAGAGUGCGAAAUGUGCUCUCUCAGGCCUGCAGCGCACAGGCAUCGAGGAUAUCUUGACCUGGCCGCAAUUCUCCGAACUGGAGGAAGUAGUCUUCCGGUUCUCCUCCGUGCGCGAUACCGACUGCCUUGACCGGAGUUGGAAGAUGGAGCUGAUUUCUAUGCUACCGCGAUUGCAGCAGCGCGGAAUUGCGCAGGUGGAGUUGUACGCAUGA